AUGGCGGGCCUCGGGUUCGAGGAGACGGAGCUCCGGCUCGGCCUGCCAGGCGGCGGCAACGAGGCCGAGGAGGCGGCCGCCGCGGUGAGGAGCUCCGGCAAGAGGGGCUACGCCGAGACCAUCGACCUCGUGCUGAAGCUGGAGCCUGCGUCGGCGGCCGCGCCGCCGUCUGGGGACGACGAGGAAGUGGCCGACGGUGUCGCGGAGGCGCAGCCGCCGUCUCCGGCUGCUGUCGACGGGCAGUUGAAGCGGUCGCCGAGCCAGAGCAGCGUGGUCACCACCGCGCAGCCGGACGCGGACCCCGAGAAGCCGCGCGCGCCCAAGGCGCAGGCGGUGGGGUGGCCGCCGGUGCGGUCGUUCCGGAGGAACAUGCUGGCGGCGGCGCUGGUGAAGGUGAGCAUGGACGGCGCGCCCUACCUGCGCAAGGUGGACAUGGGCACCUACAAGAGCUACCAGGAGCUGGAGAAGAUGUUCAGCUCCUUCACCAUCGGCAACACUCCGACUCAGGGGAUGACGGGCAUGAACGAGAGCAAGCUGGUGGACCUGCUCAGCGGCUCCGACUACGUGCCCACCUACCAGGACAAGGACGGCGACUGGAUGCUCGUCGGCGACGUCCCCUGGGAGAUGUUCGUCGCGUCGUGCAAGCGCCUCCGGAUAAUGAAAGGAUCAGAAGCCAUCGGCCUCGGUCGGUGCCCUCUUAAUUUUCAGAUUUACGUUUGCAUGCUCGAUGGCCGUUUGCUAACUCCCUUUGUCUUACGGUUUUUCAGCGCCAAGGGCAAUGGAGAAAUGCAAGAGCAGGAGCUGAUCGACGUAGUGUCCAUUCCAAGACUACGACUCUGCUUGCCCCCACUCUGUACCAUAAUAUACUACUGCUACUUCGCUACGAUCCGGUCAAAGUUCCGUUAUCGCCUCGAUUAG